GUGGUCAAGAUUUGACUUUAUGGCUAAAAUGAGGACCUCGUUUGGAGUUUUGUUUUUGUUGACCCUCUUGGUGGUCUACUCUGAUGCUUGGUUCUGGGGCUGGACUGGUACUACAACUAUGCCCCCAACAGUGGACCAUGAGGGAUCUGGCAGUUCAGAAGGUAGUGGAGAACCUUCAUCAGAGAAUAUCGCAAUGGUUCGAUCUGAGAUGAUUGAUGAGGGACAAGGGAUCCAAAAGGUUGUGCAGACAUGGGACCAGACCACUGAGGGACUUCGACUGACCACUGUAGAACCCACAACACAACCAGAGAGUGGUGGUACAUCAGAAAAGGGAACAGAAGGGAUUUCAUCACGCAUUCGUAAACCUGAAGAAAGUGGAGUCACCCUGCUCCAGCUGAUUGGGGACCCCCCCCCCAGCACCAUCACUCAGGUCUUCGGGCCUGACAGCAGCCCUGGCUAUGUGUUCGGCCCCGAUGCCAACUCAGGCCAGCUGGCCCGCGCCUACCUGCCGAGCCCCUUCUACCGAGACUUCGCCCUCAUCUUCAACCUGAAACCCACCUCCGAAAGGGGCGGCACCAUCUUCUCCAUCACUGAUGCCGCUCAGCAGAUCAUGUACGUGGGUGUGAAGCUGUCCGCGGUGCAGAGGGGGAACCAGUACGUCAUCCUGUACUACACGGAGCCCGACUCCCAGAAGUCCUACGAGGCGGCCCGGUUCCUCGCGCCCUCCAUGAAAGACACCUGGACUCGCUUUGCCAUCGCUGUGAGGGACGACAAGGUGAUGUUCUACCUGAACUGUGACACGGACCCUCAGGUGAUGCGCCUGGAGAGAUCCCCCGAUGAGAUGGAGCUGGAGACCGGCGCCGGGGUCUUUGUGGGGCAAGCUGGAGGAGCUGAUCCUGAGAAGUUUCUGGGGGUGAUCGGGGAGCUGAGGAUUGUGGGAGACCCCCGCGCUGCUGAGAGGCACUGCGAGGAGGAUGGAGACGACUCAGAUAUGGCUUCAGGUGAUGGAAGUGGCGACGAGGAGAGGAAUUCAAGACCAGCUGGGGAGACGCUCAGAUGGACGACCACUCCUCCCUCUUCCCGGCCCAUCCAGCAGCCUCCACUCUCCAAGAAGGACGAGGUGCUCACAGAAAGAGACACAGCGAGUGACUCACGCUACAGUUCAGUCUCUGUGGAGAACAGACCCGGGCUGCCAGGGUCCUCAGGGCCGGCCAGGACUAAAGGAGAGAAGGGCAGCCAGGGGGACACAGGCCUGAAAGGAGACAGGGGUCCGAUCGGGCCGAAGGGAGAGACCACCUCCAGCUCUGGCUCCGGAUCACGGGGGGGAAGCCGUGGAGAAAAGGGAGAAUUGGGGGAGAAGGGAUUCAAGGGCAGCGCCGGCUUCGGCUACAUCGGAAAGAAGGGAGAGCCGGGCCCUGCUGGCCCCGUCGGCCCCAUCGGCCCGCCAGGGGCCGCAACUGAGGUUACAGUCGGCGGUGACGGCUCAGUGGCUUCCAGAGCCCCCGGACCCCGAGGACCAGCUGGACCCCCAGGCACAUCAGGCCCAGAGGGACCAUCGGGGACUGAUGGAGAGCCAGGUGAUCCUGGUGAGGAUGGAAAAACCGGCCUUGAGGGACCCCCUGGCUUCCCAGGAACCCCGGGUGAUUCUGGACUUAAAGGAGACAAGGGAGACCGUGGAGAUGGUCAGCCCGGCCCCAGGGGUCCACCAGGACUUCCCGGUCCAGGAAUCAGAUCUACCUUUGUGGACAUGGAAGGCUCAGGGUUCCCUGAUCUGGAAUCUGUUCGGGGACUGCCUGGCCUACAAGGUCCCCCUGGUCCCCCAGGGGCUCCUGGUCCCUCUACAACAGGCACAGUAUCGAGUUCUGGGGCUUUCGGACCCCCAGGAAAGGACGGUGCGGCUGGUCAACCUGGCCUGCCUGGUAUUCCAGGGACUGACAGCCCAGGAGCGUCUGGUCCCAAAGGAGAAAAGGGUGAUGCAGGCGAGCUGGGUCUCCCAGGAGCAAUUGGACAGAAGGGGUCUGGAGGAGACCCAGGGGUACCGGGUGUUCUAGGACAGACCGGACUGGCUGGUCUGCCCGGACCCCUCGGACCAGUCGGAAAGCCGGGGCCUCCCGGGCCCCCUGGAUCCAGCUACCGCGUCGGAUUUGAUGACAUGGAGGCCUCUGGUGGAGGUUUCAGCAACGGACUUCCUGGUGCCAGAGGACCUGAAGGAAGACAGGGUUCUUCUGGCUUGCCUGGACUUCCUGGUAAAUCUGGGCUGCCUGGUAUCGCCGGUCAGAAGGGCAGUGAAGGGUCCCUCGGAAAAGACGGACAGCCCGGGCUGGACGGCUUCCCCGGACCUCAGGGACCAAAGGGUGACGGUGGUGACAAAGGAGACAGGGGUGAGCCAGGUCGGGAUGGAUCCGGACUCACUGGCCCCCCCGGCCCACCUGGACCCCCGGGACAAAUCAUCUACCAGACUGAUGGCAAUGCCGGCGGUGUGGCUGGUGAUGUUGGGCGGACGGGAGAACAUGGUUUACCUGGUCAAGCUGGAUUCCCUGGUCCUAUUGGGCCAAGGGGUGACAGAGGAGAACCGGGUGUUUCAGGCUAUGGAGUGAAGGGUGAGAAAGGUGAACCAGGCUUAGUGAUUGGACCUGAUGGAAGUCUGUUGCAUCUGGAUGGUCUAUCGGGGCAGAAAGGAGACAGUGGACUACCUGGACCCGUUGGACUCACUGGCCCGUAUGGUCCUUCUGGAAUAAAGGGUGAAUUUGGAAUGCCUGGAAGACCUGGUCGUCCUGGUGUGAACGGGUACAAAGGAGAGAAAGGAGAUACAUCAGGAGGUUCUGGCUAUGGCUACCCAGGAGUGCCUGGCCAACCAGGAAACCCCGGACCACCUGGACCCCCCGGACCAACCUUUGAUCGCUUCAAUCGCUAUGACGACACUUCAAGGAAUUACCCAGCAACUAAAGGAGACAAAGGAGAGCAAGGUGACCAUGGACUGCCGGGAAUCCCAGGAACAGCCCCUAACUUUGAUAUUUACGCAUUCAAGAAUGAGCUGAAGGGUGAGCGUGGAGACGUGGGUGUGAAGGGAGACAAGGGAGAGCAGAGUGGAGGAUAUUAUGACCAACGUUUUGGAGGAGUACAAGGACAACCGGGGCCACCUGGUAAACCGGGUCUAGAGGGUCCAAAGGGAGACUCUGUAAUGGGACCUCCUGGACCCCAGGGGCCACCAGGAACCCCAGGGAUUGGUUACGAUGGGCGUCCAGGUGUUCCAGGACCCCCUGGACCUCCAGGACCUCCCGCACUUCCCGAAACAUACAGGCCCAAUAACCCCGUCAGUAUUCCUGGACCUCCCGGUCCUCCUGGCCAACCAGGAAGUCAGACCCUCUCCUCUGGGGUUACUGUGCUGAGGUCAUAUGAAACAAUGGUAGCUACCGCCAGACGCCAGUCCGAGGGCAGCCUCAUCUACAUCCUCGACAAAGCAGACCUCUAUCUGAGAGUACGCGAUGGACUGCGCCAAGUCAUACUUGGAGAUUACAACCCUUUCUUCAGAGAUCUGGAGAACGAGGUGGCAGAGGUCCAGCCCCCCCCUGUGAUCGUGUACCCCAACACCCAGGAUCAGUCCCAGAACAACGGAGCGGGCCAUUACUCCCAUGGGGGUCCAGUCAUACAACCCAUUGAGCCCCCACCACAGCCACCUGUGAAGCCCCGAUACCCCCCACAGUAUGAUCCCAGAUUCCCAGACCCGAGACAGACAGGUCACACAGACGGACGGUUCGUCCCCCACCAGACUGACAACAGACACUCUGUAACUCCAAGGAGACCCAGCCCCCCGAUCCCGCAGCCUGCCGUCCCCGUGGAGCCCUCAGCAUCAGGACUUCAUAUCAUCGCCUUGAAUGCCCCUCAAACUGGCAACAUGCGAGGGAUACGUGGAGCCGACUUCCUGUGCUUCCAGCAGGCCCGCGCUGUGGGCCUGAAGGGAACCUUCAGAGCCUUCCUGUCCUCUAAGCUCCAGGACCUGUACACCAUCGUCCGCAGGGCCGACCGCGACAACUUCUCCAUCGUCAACCUCAAGGACCAAGUGUUGUUCGACAGUUGGGAGUCAAUGUUUGGUGACAACACAAACAAAAUGAGGGAGAAUGUACCGAUCUAUUCCUUCGAUGGUAGAGACACUCUCAGAGACAGCGCAUGGCCAGAGAAAAUGGUCUGGCAUGGAUCAAACAACAAAGGCCACCGGCAAACAGACCACUACUGUGAAACAUGGCGGACGGGCGACCACGCCGUGUCUGGCCUGGCGUCGUCACUACAGAGCGGACAGCUCCUGCAGCAGAGCUCCAGCAGCUGCUCCGGAUCCUACAUCGUCCUCUGCAUCGAGAACGCCUUCACAACACACUCCAAAAAAUAAAUCCCGUCCAUACCCCCUUUUAUUUUCUUUGUUCUGGGCCCUAGUUAAACACAGAUUUAAUUCCCCGAGAACACGCCUGGUGAACAUGUGGCGUCCAAUGAACUGGCCCUGUGGCUCUUUGCCUGGCAGAGACGCUUCGCCUGCUCCUCCCCUCCACAAACGCCAAAGAGAUGGGUCGAACAGGGGGGUGUUGGGCCUUUUUCUCUGGGACUUUGGCACAUAUUUUCUCCAAGGGGCGAAACGAGAGCGGAGAAGCUUCUCAAAUUGUAUCCAUUUUUUUUUCAAAUUCUGUAUAUUACAUGUUUGUUGUUUGUGAUUUUUUUUUUGUUUUUUAACGUUAUCAUUGUUUUACCUUUGAGCUGUUUAUAAAAAUGCUAUAUCCAUCCUGUUAUUUUUUAUUUUAGGUAUUGACCAUUUCCAUAUUUUCUCCAAUUUCAUUUUAGAAUUGUGGGUUAUGAUGGGGAACAGCAAACUUUUAAAGACUAUUUUAAAGAAGAUAAUAGAUAUUUAUUUUUAAAUGAAGUUAUGUAAGGAAAAAAAAUGAUUUGAAAAAAAAAAAAAAAGAAGCUAAAUACCCUCUUUUAUAUUAUACGCAGAACAGAACAUUGAAUUACUUUCAAAAGAGCUCCUCAACAGAAACUGUGCCUUAUUAAACAACAAGGACUGCUUUGCAAAACAAGUUCAUAUGGGAACCAUCCUUUGUAUUCCACACAUAUGCAAAUGUUGUGUUUUUUGCUCGGGUGCAUUCAGUUGCUUUCCCUUCACACCACAUUUAAAUGACCUUGUUGGACAUGGACACUAAUGUAAUGAAUAAUCCCACAUCCAGAGGGCUAGAUUCCGUCUAGCUGAAAUUGAGCCUUUUGAAUCUGAAAUUAUUUUCCUUUUACCACUUCAUUAAAAGCGACUAGUGAGUAAGCUGGAAAUGAUUAGUUUGCUGCUAAUCUAUCUGGAGUGAUUGCUGUCCUGGGUUGUAGGGACAGAAAAAAUGUCCGUUAAGGAGAGGUUUUAGCCUUGUAUGCAUUUCAGACACUAACCUGGCCGUAGAGCUCCUGAUGUCUUGAUGAACCUGUGGAUAUCAUUUUUUUUAUAACAAAUUGUGCUGUACUGUUUCUCCCAGGCACUGAAUAAAAGUCUUUUUCAACUACAACAAUAA